AUGGCUACCUACGUAUCUAACAAAAAUACACGUCAAAAACGGCUGCGUUUGCGUUUAAGAAGAAACCCUAAUCUGGUGUCUAAUUGGCCACCGGAGUUAGAAUCAGAGAUGGCGACGGCGGAGGAAAUCAACUAUGAUUCACUUCCCAAUCUUCCUAUCGAUCUGGUCGGUGAAAUAUUCUGCAGGCUACCUGUGAAACUCCUCCUACAGCUCCGAUGCAUGUGCAAGUCAUGGAAUUCUCUAAUAUCCGAUCGCAAUUUCACCAGAAAGCACCUUAGCCUCUCAACCACUCGCCGCCUCCAUUACGCCUGCUACAAUUAUGAACCACACGAGUUAAUUCACAAUUCUUACCCACUCGAAUCGGUUUUAACCAAUAUACCCACUAAAUUCAAAGGCCGUCGCAAUCUUUUCAACCGUAUCUACAACAGUAUCGUUGGUUCCUGUGACGGCCUCCUUUGUCUUGCCGAUAGAUCUAAAGGUUUAGUUAUAUUGUGGAAUCCUUGUUUUAAAAAGUUCAAGUUCAAGGAGUCUCCCCCUUUUGAAAACAGUGAAAAUCUUAUCAAGGUUUAUGCGGCCUUCGGCUUCGGCUACGAUCACGUUUCUGAGAAUUACAAAGUGGUUGUUCUUUACUACCCCAAACCUAACUUGUUUAACAAAACUAAAGUAAAAGUUCAUACUUUAGGCACCAAUUGUUGGAAAACCAUUGAGAGCUUUCCUUUUGGUACUGUCGAGCAUCCUGCAAUAUACAUAAGAGGUACAGGUACACUUAAUUGGAUUGUCUAUACUAAGUGGGUUCGGUUAGGUCCCUGCUUCAUUGUGUCUUUUGAUUUGGGAAAGGAGUCUUAUCAGAAGCUUUUGCCUCCUCCUGGUCAUGCAGAGAUCGGUAUGAGUUUGUCUGUCUUGAGGGACUGCUUGUGCGUACUUUUUGAUAACCAUAUUUGGGUCAUGAAGGAAUAUGGAAUUUAUGAUUCCUGGACUAAAUUGUUGUCGGUUUCAUACAUGCAAGAUCGUAGUAAGUGUUGUUUAUUGUUCGAUGCAUUGUAUAUUUUUGAUGAUGACCGAGUGCUUCUGGAAACUGAAGAGGAUUCGAAAACAAAGGUGGUUGUUUACGAUCCAAAGAAUGAUACUUUUAAGGUUGCUUUGUUUAAAGACCGCCUACACGUCUGUCUUGAAAGUUUGAUUUCACCUUAUGAUUUAUAG